AUGCACCAGGCAAUCAGGGAAGAUGACCUCUGGUUGGCUGCUUGGCUGAUGCAAAAAAUUGUCCAGAAACCGUACAAACUUACCAAAGAUCAAACCAAAUUGCUUGAAGCGGAACAGAUCCACCGAUUCAACCUAGCCCAUACAGCAUUUCUAGCAUUGAUAUCAACCGCACAAAAUGAUGCCCAAGAAGACUUCAACAACUGGUUCCAAAAAGGAUCAACUUUUGAAUCCAUCGAACAAGCCAGUUGGAAAAAACACUCAGACGGGCCAGAGAUCUUGAAGCUACGCAAGGCAAUCAAAGCGUAUGCUCGCGCCGCAGGCUACCUCACCAAAAUCAUAUCAAUGUCAAACCAACCUACUAUGAAAGCAACUGAAGCAAUAGAAAUGGAGGAAAACGAAGCGAUUGAAAUGGAGGCCAUGGGGUCAGCUCCAAGUGCCAAAACUAUGGAAUGUGCCAAGUUGGAAGAUGAAGAGUGGAUCAUCAUCCGACAAGAGGAGGCACAAAAGGGUGGUUAUUAUGGCUUACAGUGGUCGACUGUCAAAUAG